AGAUUUCAACAUGCACCUUUGUGUAUUUACCUCCUUGAUAACGUAAUGUUGUACUACGUUCUAAAGAGGGACAAUAGAACUACGACCAUUCACCGGAUAGAUAACAUUUUACUAAACCCUCUUAUCAGUGUCGGUGUUAAUCGUACAUAAAGCAACAAACCAGUUACCAAGGCCAAACAAGCAUGACGUCUUUAAAGGAAAUAUUCGAAGGGCUGCCUCUAGACCCGCUUCCACCGAGGAAGUCACGUGACGAAACCAUUGCUCACGCCCCUGCAAGGACCCCAAAUUUAAGCCCCGAUGAGCAGGCGCUGGCCUUGGAAAAUGCCUUGAGAUAUUUUCCACCCGAGGUUCACGUAACUCUUGCUGAGGAGUUUGCUGAAGAACUGAGGAAGUAUGGCCAUAUCUACAUGUAUAGAUUUAUGCCAGAGAUUCAGAUGAGAGCUUACCCGAUCGAUGAGAUUCCCGCGCGAACCAGACACGCUGCUGCCAUCAUCCAUAUGAUUCUGAAUAACCUUGACCCCUGUGUAGCUCAGUUUCCCCAGGAACUGGUUACCUAUGGAGGGAAUGGACAGGUGUUCUCCAAUUGGGCUCAGUUUCUACUGACGAUGAAGUACUUAUCAGAAAUGACUGAAGAGCAGACCCUGGUCAUGUACUCCGGCCACCCUGCUGGACUCUUUCCAAGUUCUCCAGCCGCACCUCGAGUAGUUGUCACCAAUGGCAUGGUUAUUCCAAAUUAUUCCUCGCGUGAUAUGUAUGAAAAGAUGUUUGCCCUUGGAGUUUCGAUGUAUGGUCAGAUGACGGCCGGAAGUUACUGUUACAUAGGACCACAAGGCAUUGUACAUGGGACGACGUUAACUUUGCUGAAUGCUGCUCGGAAACAUUUGGGAUGUACGGAUAUGGCGGGAAAGGUGUUCGUGACAUCCGGACUGGGUGGUAUGAGCGGCGCUCAGCCUAAGGCUGCCUCAAUCUGUGGUUGUGUCGGUGUUGUCGCCGAGGUCAGCAAAGAAGCGCUGGAAAAGAGGUACCACCAGGGAUGGGUAAUGAAGAUAACGGAUGAUUUGGACGAAUGUAUACGUUAUAUACGCCAAGCACGGAAAUCGAAGAGAAAAUGCAGCAUUGGAUAUCAUGGAAACGUGGUCGACCUCUGGGAGCGUUUAGUUUAUGAGUAUGACAGCACCGGCGAUUUAUUGGUCGAUUUGGGAUCCGAUCAGACUAGCUGCCACAAUCCCUUUCAGGGAGGGUAUUAUCCAGUACAGCUGUCGUACAACGAAGCAAGAGUUGAAAUGCAUGAAAAUCCUGUGAGAUUCAAGAAUCUGGUUCAACAAAGUUUAAGGCGCCAGGUGGAUGCUAUAAAUAAACUGUCCGCGAGAGGAAUGUAUUUCUGGGACUAUGGAAAUGCUUUUCUUCUGGAGGCGGGAAGAGCAGGAGCAGAUGUGGGUGAGAAGUCCGGUGUGACUGGGACGACUUAUCGAUACCAAUCCUACGUUCAAGACAUCAUGGGGGAUAUAUUUUCAAUGGGGUUUGGUCCAUUCAGAUGGGUGUGCACUUCGGGCGAUCCAGGUGAUUUAGACACGACAGAUGAAAUUGUUACGUCUGUUCUGGAGGAUUUCAUAAAUAAAGGAGUUCCACAAAGUACUAAACAACAAUAUGAAGAUAACGUCAGGUGGAUAAAGGAAGCCAACCAGAAUAAACUGGUUGUUGGAUCUCAAGCUAGGAUACUUUAUUCUGAUCAGAAGGGAAGGUCCGAGAUAGCUGCUGCAUUUAACGAAGCAGUUGGCAGCAAUAAACUGAAGGGGCCUGUGGUGAUAAGUCGGGACCAUCAUGACGUCAGCGGAACGGACAGCCCAUAUAGAGAGACCUCCAACAUCUAUGACGGUUCAGCUUUUUGUGCAGACAUGGCUGUGCAGAACUGUAUUGGGGAUGCAUUCAGAGGAGCCACGUGGGUGGCCCUCCAUAAUGGCGGUGGAGUGGGAUGGGGUGAAGUAACCAAUGGGGGGUUUGGUUUGGUGUUAGAUGGAUCAAAGGAAGCUGGAGAGAAGGCCAGAAGAAUGCUAGCCUGGGAUGUGUCUAAUGGGGUAAAUCGCAGAUGUUGGGCUGGAAAUGGAAAGGCUGAAGAGACGAUUUGUAGAACUAUGGAGGAAAACCCAGGCCUAAAAGUGACUGUGCCAUAUCAUGUCCAAGACAAGGAUCUGCUGAAAAGAGUUCUUAAAGACUAGACAUCACCAGAGCAACAGCACCAUUAUAUUGUUCCAUGCCAAAAUCUCACAUGCUCAUGAGAGAACAUAUUUUCUGUACCAAGCUUCAUACAUACAUAUAUCACGUCCAUCAUGUUGUUGGGAAUGAUUUAAUUCUGAAUAUGAUUUAAAAAGCCAUUGAAUAAAUCAAACACACACCAAUA